AUGACUUUUCUAUCGAAGUGUGCCAGGAAGUCCAGCUCUGGCAAGCAGAGUGUUGCUGGUUUGGAAAGUGUCGGUGCUAAAGAUAUCAAGCCAUGGCCGAACGAGAUCUCGAGCAGUGCCGGCUCGGCAAUCGGCGGCAGCAAGCUUCGGUGCCCCGCUCCCAUUUCUCGCCUUAAAGUCGAAAAAAUCGAGGGCGGCUUAAUGGUGGCGGGCGUCGUGGUGGCCGCCAACUGUCAAAUCAUCCUACCCAUCUUCGGAUUCCUCUUCUUAUUGGUCGGCUGUGUUUUAACCGCCGCAUCUUAUCGAGGACCGGGAGAAGACGAGGAUCCUGACCGGUACGAGGCUCGAAUCUCCUUCACCAGUAAUUCCAGAAUUUUAGGUCCGGCAUGCAUCGUCGUCGGUUUCUUUAUGCUCGUCGCCGGUUGCAUCUUAUGCGUCCUGACGCGACGAGCCAGAAGGAGAGAGCAAACCAUUGGAUUUCACUGUCCUUUGCACGGGGACUUUUAUCCCUUGAGUCCGUUGUCGAGUUCGAGAACGUUGGGGAGCAUCGAAAAAGGCAGGACGUGUUCUCUGUGUUGGCCUAGGAGGCGAGGCCCCGGUGCCAUAGCCGUGGGCCCGCCGCAAUGCCCCCAUAGUCAAAUGUCGAGCACGCGAAGUUCCAUUGCGAGCUCGCCGCACAGCCAGUGUCCCACGCCACUGCCUUUUCUGGUCAAUUCCGGAUCCGUAGGAGGAUUGGUUGCUCCGGUCGCUCAAAUGUCUCCCGAUCAGCCCUUCGGAUCAGUUAAAUCGUUGACAGGUGGGAGGGAGGUGGCGAGUUUUCCUUUAUCGAGGACACCGACACCACCACCACCGAAUCCAAAUUUUGACAGUCCAAAUCUAGUCCAAGUACCAGACGAACAGAAUCUGAUGGAAUCACAAUUCGAACACGUACCAGUGCACAGAAACGGUCCCAGGAAAUCGGUAUCGAUAGUGUUGCCGACAGAAGAGAAAGGAUGA